CCGGAAGUGCCUCCCAGACCGUAAAUAAGCUCAGAAGAAAUCGGGGGGGAAAAAAAGCAGGGAAGAAGCUGUCUCCAUCUUGUCUGCACGCUCUGGGCCGGCGACGCGGCGGCGAUGGGGAGCGUGCUGGGGCUGUGCUCCGUGGCGAGCUGGAUCCCAUGUCUGUGUGGCAGUGCCCCAUGUUUGCUGUGCCGGUGCUGCCCUAGUGGAAACAACUCCACUGUGACUAGAUUGAUCUACGCACUUUUCUUGCUUGUUGGAGUGUGUGUAGCUUGUGUAAUGUUAAUACCAGGAAUGGAAGAACAACUGAAUAAGAUUCCUGGGUUCUGCGAGAAUGAGAAGGGUGUUGUUCCUUGUAAUAUUCUGGUUGGCUACAAAGCUGUGUAUCGCUUGUGCUUUGGUUUGGCCAUGUUCUAUCUUCUCCUCUCUUUACUAAUGAUCAAAGUGAAAAGCAGCAGUGAUCCUAGAGCCGCGGUCCACAAUGGAUUCUGGUUCUUUAAAUUUGCUACAGCAAUUGCAAUUAUUAUUGGCGCUUUCUUCAUCCCAGAAGGCACUUUUACAACUGUGUGGUUUUAUGUAGGCAUGGCGGGUGCCUUUUGUUUCAUCCUCAUACAACUCGUUUUACUUAUUGAUUUUGCCCAUUCGUGGAAUGAAUCAUGGGUUGAAAAAAUGGAAGAAGGGAACUCAAGAUGUUGGUAUGCAGCUCUGUUAUCAGCCACAGCUCUGAAUUAUCUGCUGUCUUUAGUUGCCGUCAUCCUAUUUUUUGUCUACUAUACUCACCCAGCCAGUUGUUCGGAAAAUAAGGCAUUUAUCAGUGUCAACAUGCUCCUCUGCAUUGGUGCCUCUGUAAUGUCUAUACUGCCCAAGAUCCAAGAAUCCCAACCAAGAUCUGGCUUGUUACAGUCUUCAGUAAUUACAGUCUACACAAUGUAUUUGACAUGGUCUGCUAUGACCAAUGAACCAGAAACAAAUUGCAAUCCAAGUCUACUAAGCAUCAUUGGCUUCAAUACCACUCGCCCUAUUCCAAAGGAUGGGCAGUCUGUUCAGUGGUGGCAUCCUCAAGGGAUUAUAGGCCUGGUUCUUUUCCUGCUGUGUGUGUUUUAUUCCAGCAUCCGUACCUCCAACAAUAGUCAGGUUAAUAAACUGACUCUAACGAGUGAUGAGUCAACAUUAAUAGAAGAUGGGAAUGCCAGAAGUGAUGGAUCACUAGAAGAUGGUGAUGAUGUUCACCGAGCUGUAGAUAAUGAAAGGGAUGGUGUCACUUACAGUUACUCCUUCUUUCACUUCAUGCUUUUCCUGGCCUCACUUUAUAUCAUGAUGACCCUUACCAACUGGUACAGGUACGAGCCUUCUCGUGAGAUGAAGAGUCAGUGGACAGCAGUCUGGGUGAAAAUCUCCUCCAGUUGGAUUGGCAUUGUCCUAUAUGUUUGGACACUGGUGGCACCACUUGUUCUUACAAAUCGGGAUUUUGACUGAGUGGGACUUCUGGCAUGAAAGCCCCAUUUUGGUCAUUGUUUAUUUGACAUUAACAGUAUUCCCAAUUUUUGUAAAGUUGUAUGUGCUGUUGUGUAACUUACUAUUUUUCUCUUGCAUGAAUUAGAUUUACUGCCAUUUUAUCCAUGUUCUUGCUAAGUGUACUGAUGAUAUGAAUUGCAAAGGGAGAAUUUUUAAUACAUUGGCAAAUUAGGAAAGAUGGACAUUGAUAGGCAUAUCAUCUGCUCUGUACAUACGAAAAAAAUUCUUGACAGUUGGUUUCAAAAUUGUGUUAGACCUUAUGCUAUUUUAGAAACGUUAAGUGUAUGGCUGCCUUUUUAAAUACUUAAUGUGUUGCCUUACAGGGGACUGCAAAGCAAAUAGCUGUUCUAAAAUUCUAAGUCCUAAGCUAGUUGUCUGAAAGAUGCGAGUCACUUUAAUUUUGUCAGGAUUUUACUUCGGUACAGAAUGUUCUGUUUAGUGGAAAACAGUAUAGGAUGUGGAGGAAGGCUAAGUAACAAGAGCCUUCACAGAAAGUCACUGGUCAUGUGUUUUAAAGUGAAUACUCGUGUGAUCUAAGAUCUUUCUCUGUAGGAAAGGGUGGCCUUCUCCAAAAAAUGAACUUUAUUUGGUCUUUAUGAACACAAAACUAUGGAUUUCAUGGAGAUGUAAGCAACUCUGAACAUUUAGACAAGCUUUUGAAAAGACUAAUCAUUGUUAGAAAAUUUUGAAAUUAAGUUUACAAAUCAAAACAGGAAACCCAGUAAGGCUCUGGGUUAGGUACUUCAUAGUCCAGUUCUCAUUUUAAAAUAAAGUCAACUAACUCAAAAGUUAGUUAAUGGCAACAUUGGGAAACGGAGUCUACAAAAAGUAGCCAGCACUCUGAUCCAGAUCUGUAAUUCGCUUUAUAAAUAAUGGUGGAUAAUUUGUGCGAUAUGUAUUGCUGCUGUCUAGCAUGCUUUUUUUUAUCCAAACAUAAAGACCAGGAGGAUAAUGAACUUGCAGAAUAGACCAUUUAAAUUACACUACAUAUUUAGACAUGCUUAAAAUGUUUGUUUACUGCCAUGAUAUUGACAUAUUCAACUUGAAAAUCAGUAGUCCACUUAAUUUAGAUAAAAAUGCUUAGUUAUUUAUGUGUUAGUGUCUAAAGCUUUUAAAAUAUGUGUUUGCUUCCUUAAAAAUAUUUAUUGUGCAAAUGUAAUAUAACAACUUAUCUUCAUUUCCCAACCUUAUUCUGAGUUAAUACUAUUUCACAAUUUUGAAUGGCUGUGUUCUCUUAAAUAAAUGAAUUCAGAGAAAA